AUGGUGCUGUGUGCUGAGGGCGACUGCGGCGUAUGCCUGCAGACCUUCAACAGGGUGGAGCGUAUCCCCCGGACACUGCACUGCCGACACGCCUUCUGCCAGGCCUGCCUGGAGACCAUGGCGGUGUGUUCAGGGCCCGGAGGCGUCGGGCCGUCGCUCAGCGUACGCUGCCCGCUGUGCCGCCGCGUCACCUGCGUUCAGCAGGGCCUUAGCUUGCGAGAGGCGCUGUGGGUGGACAGCGACCUGUGGGAGCAGAUACCCAGCGACCGAGAAGACAAGGAAAAGGAAGGCAGGAUGAAAGAAGAUAGGGAAGAGGCCACAGAGACCACACCCCAAGCCAAAUGGAACAAGGUCAAGUUCCGGUCCUUCUUCCGCAAGUUUACGCUGACCAAGAGACCCCGAGAGAGGAUCAUGCCCAGCAGUAAUGUGGAAAUGAAAUCCUGGCGCAGGCUCUCCAGUGACGAGACGUUACGAAACCCCUGACUUAUUUAUUCUGGGCUUAGUUCUCCCAGCUGCUGCUCCGGGAUUUGGUUCAACACGGACUAAAACACAUCCAGGGACCCCCGGGGAACAGAUGGCUUCCCUCAAAGUUCCCUGAACACCAAAUUAACAGCAUUCUUUUUUUUUUUUUAUUAUGACAAAGUAGCUGUCGAGAGUAUUUAUUUAUGUGCGAUCUGCUAGUAUCAGCUUUAAGGGACAACAAUCAUUUUGUUAUCUUUCAUCAUGAAGUAGCUGUGAGAGUAAUUUCAUUUUCUUAGUUUUACAGGACAACAAUCAGCUUGUAGACACCAGUCCUUCUGCCGAGGAGACGGCUUCUUCUGCCAAUGUCACAACAGAAGCAUGUGACAAAAGGCUUGCUGAAGCAUGAAAAGGGAUUAUGAAGGGCAUUCAUGCAGCAUCUGGCAGAAUCUUAGUUGGGAUUGUAUGGAAAAUAUUGGAUCAUCACUUUCAUUAAAAAGCAGAUUAAAAAUUU